UCCACUGCAUUGCACUCGUGUGUUGAGGCCGCACUCGCGUACGCUGACGUCAGGCUUUGCUGUUUUCGACAGCCCCUUCGACCAGGACAUCUCCCCUCUCCAACAGGAUUAUUGUUGAUUGGUUCGAAACAUGAGGGAUGAGCGGUGUUGGCGUGGCCGGGCGGCCAUGGUCGGCGCGGCCAUCUCAGGCCUUCUUGGGCCUGGCGUCUCCUUCGUGACCACGCUCCCCACCAGAGGAACUACUGUUGGCCCUCAUGCUCACCACCGUAUGGCUUUGGCUUCCUCAACGCCCGCUUCGUCGGUGGCAGAGACUGUUCACUCCGUCUUUCUGGAGUCUGUCUUGGAGACAACCACGCGCAAACAGGUCGGAUCGAUCGAAGAGGCCAAGACGGAGCUGCUCGGACGUGUGGGUUUCCCCACGGAACACCCGGGGGCGGAACGGCCGAGGCUCGAGGAGGCCCGCGUGGGGUACCUGGUGGAGGUGCUGGAAGGGACCUACAAGCCUAUUCACACGGUCGGGUUCUUCAACUUUGCUGCUCAGGGUGAGUGGGACCUGGCUUAUACGAGCGCGGCGAUGGUGCCAAUAGGACCCCGCCUCACGGCGCACCAACAGUUCCAGCGCAUCGAACCGGGGGAAGGGCUCAAGGGCAACUUGACGAACAUUAUCACGUGGACCCUCAAAGAUGAGGGCAUCGACGGACGGCUGGAGGUGAUGUGCGACUACUCUUUCGACCCCCGGGGGCGCAUGAACACCUCCCUCCGAAAACACCUCCUUCUCCCGGACGGGAUGCCCCGGGACCCGCAGGAGCUGGUCCGGGUGCUGCGGAGGGCGAUGCCCUACGAGCUCUUCGAUCCCGACGACCACGCCAUGGAGACCACGUUCCUCGAUGACACCCUACGCAUCGUGAAGCACAGAGGGCCCAAGUUUGAAGGGUUGGUCAACAUCUUCGCGCGCCGCGCCACCGCCAAGGACAGCACCACUGACGCCGAAGCAGGCUGAGAAACAAAUCUAGGGGCUGAAGCGGCAACGCAAAAAGCUAGCUGGUUGGUCUACGUUGGUGGGCGCCGAUGGAGGCGGGCGCGGAAGAGACGGCAGGCGGCAGUGGCAGAGGCGGAAGAUAUGUCAGAUACGCGGGGAGGGUUGGGAUGGGUUUCACCAGUAGGGAGGGAUGUUCUAAGAAGGGCGGGUCAGGCGGACCCCUGUUGGGUUAGUUGUUGGUGGGCCUCUUUUUACGCCGUCCGGGUCCCGCACCAGCACACGUCCGAGUGGCGGGCGGGCGUGUCCGCUGGCGUUGUAAGUAUAACGAAAAAGUACGGCACUGUCUCGUGUCGUUGUUGGUCUCUUUGCAGCUGGUAGAGUCGCCGUCGUGCUGGGCUGAUGCACUCGUAGACUAGGAAAGGGGUGCUGAAUAGUUUCCAGACACUUGGGGGAGGGGGGGGGGUGAAGAUAAUGCAGAUAUUAUACAUGCCUUUUUGUUUUGUUUGGUUUAUUUGGUUUACUCUCGAAGUGAUUUUGUGCCAAGGCAAGAAGUAGCGGUGUCACGCGUUGAUGUGGAGUGAUGAACGCCAUGAAACGUUUCACAUCGUGGCCUGACGGCUCCGUACGAUACUGACGUCGCUCCUGUUAUAAAUAGUUCUCCUGUGUGUCACGGUAGGAGGGCGGCGUAGAACCACCCGAUCGAGCGGUUAUAUUGAUGGUAGCAGAUAUGAUGGAUUUUUAUCGGCGUUACACGCCAAGGGAUACAUACCAAGAGAACACUCGUUGGGUGCGUGCUGAAGCUCUUUUUUCCCGUGACGAAGGACGCUUAAGUCCUGAUAUGUGCCACCGGACAAGAGUAGCACGCGUCGUGGGCUGGCACACACCGGACGCUUGACCUCAAGCACCGCCGCCGUGCUUGUGUGUCGCCGAGGUGUUUGGAUG